AAUGUAUAUUUUGACACGAUAUUUGCACCCAAAUUGGAGAACCAGUGUCCCACAAUACAGCCGGUCAUGAUGAUGCUGCAGCUUCAGCGUCUGAAGACUUUGGCGCCCCCUUGAGGAUGUCCUGCAAAGUGAAAGUGUAAAAUGAUGAGCGUUUCACCCGGCGCUCAUUCCGUCCUCAAACAUUGUCAUUCAGCCACCUCUGACAGUGUCUCCUCACUCUUUUGCUCCAUCUUCUUCAUCUCAACCCGCCAUGGGAUGGAUAUUUCUUCUUUUUAUCAACAGAGCUUUGGCAAAAUCACACCAAAGUGCAACCACCCUUUGUUCGGAUGUCUUUUUAAAUAUUAACAAGUUGUCAUGUCAUCUCUGACAGGAGGAGGUGAAACAUUUACAACCUCGGUCAGGGGAAAACGUUUGGAACAUCACUGUGAAUUCUCAAGAGUUUGUUCAACUAUUAAAGACAAUCCGAAAGAGCGCCCCACGCCCGAGGGUGCAGGGGGGUUCAGGAGCAUGUAUCACCAAAGAGGAGACGCCGUCCCGUCCUACAAGUCUCUCCCUGGUUCCGUGGGAGAACGCAUCAUGUCCUUGGGUGAAACUCUCCACAGAAACACGAAUCCUGGACUCGGAAGGUCUGAGAGGAAAGAUGCAUGUUGUGAAAGAUGCUCAGCUACUCUUGUGGCUCUGAAGAAACAAGCUCUCAGCCUGUCUGUGCAUCAUCACUUCUCCUGCAAGGAAACAAACGACCUGUCUGCAUUUCUUCACGACAACCUCCGCGUCCACAGCCGCUCCACCACGGAGUCCAGGGACCGAUGCAGGGAUCAAGGCGAGUGUCCCGCCUGUGGCACAAAACUGAACCAUCUCAAACAAGAGGCCAUCCACUUAGCUCUGAGCAGGGGUCCGUCGUCCACCACCAGGACCGCUACACCGCCGGGACACGGCAACGCAAAACUCGGGGAUAGGUCUUCUUCACAGCCACAUAGCUUGAAUCAAACCCCUCAGAGUCCCAGGACACCUCGGAGUCCCAGGACGCCUCAGACUCUCAGACGGAGGGUCCCAAACCAGGACAUGGACCGCUGGGUGGAGGAGCAGCAACAUCAGCAUCAUCGUGGGUCUUCUUUAGCUGAUGGUGUCACCGUCUAUGCACACAAGCAGGCUUCAGACAAUGCCGUGUUACGCUGUACGGAUCUUGUACACACCAGCUCCAAGAUACCGCAUCUCUCCAGGGUGGUCACCAUUGCAAACACUGCCGCCAUGUCCUUUCUGGCCAGGGCAGCAGAGAAGCUCAACCUGACGCUGAGGAAAAAAGGCCAGGCUUCCGACGCGGCUCCUGCUCAUCUUUCCAACGGAUUCAAGGAUAUCAUCCAGAAAAAUCCACCGCCUGUCCCCUCCUGCCUGCUGCAAGCUGCCACCAGAAGCAAAGACUCGCCCAAUGUUGGCAAGGUGAAAGUUGUGUUGAGGGUGAACCCAACGACGAACGAGGGCCAACCGCCGGUCCUCCACGUUGACCCGUGUAAGAAAAGAGCCAUUUUAUUAGAGCCAGUGUGCCAAAGCUCACCGCGCACGAGGACGGCAUCGAGCGGGGAUCUUCUGAAGGCUUUCCAUUAUGACGCCGUGUACCCUCAAGACUCGAGUCAGACUGAGGUGUGUUCAGGCGUCUUGGCUGAUGUCAUCCGUUGCGUGCUCAGCGGCAGCGACGGAUGCGUGCUGGGCCUUGGUUGCGCCGACGUGGGUUCCUGGUCCAGCAUGGUGGGGAACGCUGAGAGCAUCCAGAAGCUGGGCUUGAUCCCGUGCGCCAUCUCCUGGCUGUACAGCGCCAUCGAGAAGCGGAGGGAGAAGACGUGGACGGAUAUGACUGUAUCGGUGUCUGCCGUUGAACUUUGCUGCGGCGAGGAGGACACCUUGAGGGAUCUACUCGGAGAGGUAGCCCCCCCGUCCUUGGGAAGCAUACACGACAGCCCCAGAGCUCAUAUUCGGCUCCAGGAGGACCCCAUCCAUGGGAUACAGCUCCGGAACCACAAUCGGGUCAAGGCCGUUACUGCAGAACGUGCUGCCUCCCUCCUCGAUGUGGCCAUUGCGGCACGGCGGCACAAUGACUUCACCACUUUCUUGUCCCACAGCUCCAUAAUGUUCUUCACUCUCCAUGUCCAACCCCCUCGCACGGAAAGCAACACCACGGGAAAAGGUUCACGCGGCCCAACCAAGCUGACCAUGAUUGACGUGUGUAGCGGUAUGAAAGGUGGCGUUGGAUACGUAAAAAACAAGCCUCCGCAUUCUGAACUGGGUCCUGUCGUCUUGUCGUUAUUAAGCGGGAAUAAAACUAUCCCCAAAAAGGGAAGUAAGUUAGCCAUGCUGCUUCGGGAGUCCUUGAGUCAUGCUAACUGCCACACCGCAGUCGUCGCCCAGGUUGCUAAUUCACUGGCACUCCUACAAGAAACCACCUCCAUCAUUCAGCUCGCUUCACGUAUACGCAGGACCCAGAAGAGAACCAAGCAGUCCAGCUCAUGCUCCCCAAACGGCAGGAGUUUGACUCGACAAAAAAGAGGACCCCCCUCUUUUUCUCUGCGGGCUUUCCACUCCACAGAUGAGGUAGACGUUGACGUCCAACGUUUCCGCCUACGCGGGGAACUGGAUGAACACUCCAGUAGCGACCAGUCCUGCGACACGGUCAUCCAGAUAGACUCCGACGGUCUGAUCCAACCCCGAGCACCGCCGAGGUUUUCCCAACCUGAAUUUGUGCCCAUUAUACCUUCCCUGCACCCUAGCAAGGCCGACAUGGAAGACGCGGAGUUUACGGCUUUGCUGCAGGAGCUACUGAAAAUCCCGAAGUUGCACAGCGAUAAUAACAGUAAAGAAGACGCUCAAGGAUUUAGCGAAGGGAUGAAAGCUGAACCGAAGAAGCCGGAAAGGGACUGUCUUAAAUGUGACACGUUUGCGGAACUUCAGGAACGCUUGGGUUGUAUUGACGGAAGCGAGGAAACUAUGGAUUUGCUGAAGUCGUCCUCAAAAAUUCCUUCUGGGAAUACUGUCCCAACCAAACCACAAUCUCCGAAAGAGAUAGCGACCACGGAAUCAUCAGAAACGCCACAGAUGUUAAAGCAAGGGCUUAACAAUCAGACUUUGCUUCGGGAAAAACAAACCGAUGGCGCCGUCCCCGGGGACAAUUUCCAGAGGGAGGACUCCGGUCUGUACGACUGCGAGGAGUGCAGUGCGACAAGUUCAAGCGAGGAACCGUUGAAUCAAAGUCUCAAUCGAAAAAACACAGCUUGCCGCUAUCAGAUACGGAAAACCGGGACUCAGUCGUCUCAAGACGUCAACGUCAAAACCAUUGCGGAGAAACCGGACAAUCACGAAGCAACCGAUUGGUUCAAAGCCGACAAAAGGACCUCGCCCGUCGGAAAAAGUUUACCCGCAUCUCCUCCGUCUCCUUCCGAUUCAUCGCCAGUCGCCGGAGGUGUCAUGGCACCUCAUCGUCCCGCCAAGGACGCUCAAGAAAUGAAGGCCACUAUCACCGUAACCGUUCAACAACCGCUGGAUUUCGCCGGUCAAGAUGAACUCGUCUUCUCAAUGGUGGAGGAAGUGACCAUCAGUGGGGGUUUGGAUCGUGGCAGAACAGGAGGGAACAUCAUUUGCAUCAAAGACACCGCGCAGUCAUCGGCGCAUCUUCCGGGGCCUGCUGGUUCCAAACCAAUCCAAAUUAUCAGCAACAUCGGUAAAGACUCCACAGCAACAAGUCCGACCGAUGUUCCCGGGAAUACAUUUGUUCGUUUCGGAGAUACGGCAACUGAUACUGAAAAAUCCCACAGUCACUCAAGAAGACAGCGAACCCUACCGUCGUUUAUAAAUCCGAUGUUAAUGAACCUUGACGAACAGUCAGAAGUUAAAAAUCCAAAACACAACGAAAUAACUCAUUCCGAGCUCAAAGGGAAUACAAUCAAAUUCCCAGAAGUUCAUUCCGACGUUUAUAAAUCAGUGCUCUUGGAGGAUACAUCCUGUAGCAAAGCCGCCAUGGAAAACAAACAACAUGCAGAAAAGAACCACCCUCGAGACCGGGAACAUGUUUCUUCCGCAAACCCCCCAAAGACCUCAUCGGGAGAAGACUUUCCUUGCAGACGUCUCGGGAAUUAUCGUUGCCUGGAAACGGCCUCUGCGUCCUUAAAUACGGGGAGCUUACCUCGAAGCUGGUUGGACGCCAGUCACACGGCAGAUGUUUGGAGACACCCAAGGGGGGUGACGUCAUCCACCCCGUGCAGCCCCGGGGUAACCCUGGAGAGAAGGCGAGGCCAACAGAGUUCCCCAGUGAACCAGAGCUUAUCAUAUCCGAAAUAUGAUACGGACUUCAAACAGGAAGCAAAGAGACCCCUCAGAAAGGGUGUUGGAUCAUUGUUUGAUUCCCCACAUGGGGGCGUGAAACACGAUCAUAUGCAGAGGAAAAUGAUGUCACCCCUGAACGAGAGCGGAAGUCUUUCCAGUGCAAAAACGGAUCAACUCGGCAGCAGGACGAUCAAGUCCCUCGGUAGGAACCAAUCUGACUUUCCAAGAUUAGAUCCAGGAAGUAGCAACACCUCUCUAAACUCAAAGGGGAGCUCCAAGAGAAGUUCUGAAGGUGCUUCCAAAGGGGCUCAUAAAGGGAAGAGUCCUGGGAAUUGUACAUUGCCAAGGUCUAGCAAGACCUCCAGAAAGAGUCGACAAACCAACCACGGUCAUAAUUCUUCUGAAAAUGUACCUCAAUCCAGACCGAGUCAUUCGAAGCUUUCCGCUGUCGGGAAACUAAAGAUGGCGUGCCCCAAAGUCCGACGUUUAUCCGCCCCCAGCAUCAAGAACCUCAGUCUUCCCAACAAAAGUCUGCAAGAGUCCGUAAACCGCAGUUCCAGUCUUUCCCCAGACAGCAGAAGCGUAAGCUUUGAAAGGACUUCCUCCUUCGUUUCCUCGUCUCCUCCACUCUCAUUUCACUCCAUGAGUAGAACUCCGAGUCAAAGCUCCACGUGUUCAUCCACGAAGUCCGCCAUCCAGGGAUUCACCAUAGGUCGCAUUUCAGAGCUCCUUAGGGAAAGAUCCGACGGCCCCGAUUCUGUCGCAGUGGACCAAACGGGCUCGCUUCCGUCUCCGUACAGCCAAGUCACGUCACCUCGAACGCCGCCGCACAUGAGCGGACAUGCGAGUGAUGCCACCAGCGUCCUGAGUGGCGAUCUUCCGCCCGCCAUGGGUAAAACGUCGCUGUAUUUCUCAAACAGAAACAGCACCAUGAGCAGCGGCUAUGACAGCUUGCUGAGGGACAGCGAAGCCACGGGCAGCGGGGCAUCGAACCGAGAUUCCACCAGCGACAGGAGUGGUUCUCUUCUUCGAGAGGCCCGUGGCAGCAGAUCGUCUCGACGAAGAGGAAACACAGGCAGUCAUCCCCGCUAUCCUUCCCAGGACCCACCCCUCUCCACCAGACAAUCUUCUAAUGCCGUGCAAUCUCGCUGGGCGGAUCAUGGAAUCCCAGAGAAUUAUGAUAUUAAAGUUUAUGAGAUCGACAACAGGCAACGCAUACAGAGGAAAGCAGGGGGUCGCAUGCUUCAGCGUCAAGCUGCAGUUUUGGGAGGUCAGACAGGAGACGAUCACAGACAACUUGAGCAGAGACGAAGCCAAACAGGAGUACAUCGUGUGGAAUCCAGACUGCGACCUUUGCCGGACUUUCAAGGUGGACUCUCUGGCGCUCCCGGAGGUCCUUGAGAAACCGGAGAACUGCAGCGACGCUAUUUGAUGGGACUCACAAUCAAUCACCCAAUCACGGAAUAGUUCAAGCAGGUACACACAUCACAUGUCACUUCAUUAAAAACACCUUUUACAUCACAUCAGCACCAGUUUUAGCUUCCUUUUCGGACAUUUUGAGCUGUACGUUCAAGACUUAAGAGACGCAUUGGGAACUUGAUUGACGGGUCUUGACGGUGGCUGCUGUAUAUAGGUGUCAAAUAUAAUAUAUGUAUAUAAAUGUGACAUGGUAGUAGACUCGGACCUUGUGGAAUUUGAUGUAUUUGAUUUAUGUUUUUAAUGUUUUAACAGUAAAUGUAAAACGACUCAUUUAGGGAUGCUUUGAUCAUUUUGGUCAUUUUGUCCGAUGAGUUAAAUUCUUUUUUGGUUUUUUUUUUUGCAUUGUGACUGUCAUGCACAUACGGGUGAAUGUUGGCCACCGUUGACGAUUACUGGUAAACAUUUCACUCUAUGAAGUAUUCGUUGUUUUUAACGUGCUACCUGCGUGAGAUAGUUUUUGUAUCAUAUGUUGGCAUUUAUCGGCACAUGUCCUUCAUGGGAUUUUUCACAGAAAAACCGGUGACCGAUCGCAGAAUCCCUGGACUGAAUCAUACAUGUUUCUGUGUACGUUUGCCUACAUGUCUGGUAAAAAAAAUGUAUUCAUUUAGUUUUUUAUAGCAUUUGCAUCCUAUUCAAAUGAAUCACAUGUCAACA